AUGGCGUCCAAAAGAAAAAGUUCGCAACGUCGGGAUGUUCCUGAACAAGAAGUUGUCUUUCAAGCCGUUGUCAUCGCUGAUAGUUUUAAUGUUCGAUUUGCCCCAAUAACAAAGAAGACACCCAGAACCCUCCUCCCUCUAGCAAACACUCCUCUUUUAGAUUACACUCUACAGUUUCUGUGCGAGGCUGGAAUUCAAAAAGUCUAUGUCUACUGCUGUGCUCAUGCUGAGCAAAUAAAAGCCCAUAUAAGGAACUCAAAAUGGAGCAGCAAGACAUCACCAUGCUCCGUGCAUACCAUUGUCUCAGAAGAUUGCAUGUCUGUUGGAGAUGCCCUGCGGGACAUCGAUUGCAAAUCCCUCAUACAGUCGGAUUUCGUCCUGGUAAAUGGCGACCUCAUCUCAAAUUUGAAACUCAAGGGCCUCAUCGAUAAACACAAGGAGAGGAGAAAGGUGGACAAGUCUUCUGUCAUGACCUUGGUAUUUAAACAGGCACCUCCAUGCUCCCAAACACGAUGUCAGGAGGAAGAAGUGAUAUUAGCCAUCAAUACUGAGAAUCAAAAACUACUCCAUUAUGAGAAAGUGGCAGAUCAGAAGAAAAUGAACUUUCCUCUUGAAAUCUUCACUGAAAAUGAAGGCCUCCAGCUGAGGUACGACCUCCUUGAUUGCCAAAUCAGUAUCUGCUCACCAGAUGUGCCUCCACUUUUCUCUGAUAAUUUUGAUUAUCAGACAAGAGAUGACUUUGUGAAAGGGAUACAGACAGAUGAAGAGAUUCAUGGUAACACGAUAUACACUGAAGUGAUUGAAGAUGAAUAUGCUGCUCGAGUUUCGAACCUACAGAUGUAUGAUGCUGUUAGUAAAGAUGUCUUGACGCGAUGGUCUUACCCUCUUGUGCCAGACAGUAACAUCUCGUCAAACGUUGCUGACAGCUACUCAUACGGACGCCACAAUGUGUAUCUAAGUAAAGAUGUGACAUUAGCCAGAGGAUGUGUAUUGAAGGAAGAAGUCAUUAUCGGGUCAGGAACAUCAAUUGGUGGAAAUACUAUCAUUUCACAUAGUGUUAUAGGGAAAAAUUGUGUCAUAGGUGAAAAUGUGAAACUAAACAAUGCUUACAUCUGGGACAAUGUGACGAUAUGUGACAACUGUGAUAUCAAACAGUCUAUACUGUGUAAUCGCGCAAAGGUGAAAGGUGGCGUGACGGUGGAAGCUAGGUGUAUCCUAUCGUAUGACGUGACUGUCGGGCCAGACGUACGAAUACCCUCGCAUACGUUCCUGAUGUCAUCACCGCAAGAGGUGGUGAAUGACUCGGAUGAUGAGGAAAAGAUUCCUGAAGUUUCAAAAGUUCUUAAUCCUGGUCUAGUCGGUGCUGAAGGUCGGGGAUACGUAUAUACACCAAUGGUAGAUAGUGAGGACGAAGGAGAAGAGUUGGUUCAGGAGAUGUGGGGUCUGACCAUCCACUCUGAUGACGAUGAGGCGGAGAGUAGCGGCAUGAGCGACACGGACAGUGAGGAGAGUGACAUAGGUUCUGGUGAUGAGGGAGUUGGUUCAAUGAACAAGGGCGAAGAGGAAGAUGACACACAAGUAUUCUAUGAAGAGGUGUUAGACACCUUGCUCAGAGCCCAGGAGGAGAACUUAGAUGCUUCAAAUAUCAUCCUAGAAAUCAAUGCACUCAAGCAUGCCUAUAACAUAACAAUUAAAGAGGUGAAUGAGUUUGUGAUAAAAGCAAUCAUUGACUUCCCUCAGAGAGACACCAAAAAUAUGGAACCUGCCGCUCUAUAUGCUGCUUUAAAACCAGUCUUAAAUCAAUGGAUGAACGUUCUUCAGAACUACAUCAAAAGUAAUGACUCUCAAAUGGAUUGUCUGCACAGUUUGGAGGAUUUGUCGCUCAAAAAACCGAAUGUGAAGGCCAUCCUGAUGAAGCUGCUCCACUUCUUCUAUGAGUCUGACAUUCUCCCUGAAGAGGUGGUGCUUCAGUGGCACGCAAAUAUCCCAGCAAGUGCUGAAGACAAGGAGGGGAGGAAGGGUAUCAGGACAUCAGUUGACCAAUUUGUGAACUGGCUGAAGGAGGCAGAAGAGGAGGAGUCUGAUGAUGAUGAUGAUGAUGAUGAUGAUUGACAGAUGUCAUGAUCUAUUAAGUUUGACAAUUACCAGGGCAUCGAGAAUAAUUUAGUUGUUUGUGAACUGACUGAAGGAAACUAUGGAUGAGUAUAUUAAUUAUUGUGGGUAUGAACAGUUCAUCCUUCCCAAUAAGGGAUAUAUGAGGGUCAGGUGCUGAUUGAUAUAAUUGAUAGAUGCCAAUCAAUCAGUUUAAAAAGACAGUUGUGAGAAACUACUCUCUGGGGUAGGGGAAACAUAAAGUCCAUUCUGCUUAUUGAACCGGAUAUAUUCUCUCUGUGGAAUGUGGUGAACAUCUAUAAUCAUGACUCGAGGCUGCAGUUAAAUGCUCUGUAUUCCAUCAAUGCUCACCAGUUUCAAAUGUAAAGAAGUUGAAAAGAUCUAUGGCUGCUUCUACUGUAAUAUGUAGUUUCUUUCUUGUGUAUCAUGAAUAUUCUAUGAGCAUGAAGCUGAGAUCUGUGUUCAUUUCUGUGACAAAAACAGACAAAUAUAAUACAUAUUGAAAUGA